CCGGCUCUUGUUCUCUAGUCGCCAUCGGCCGGGCAGCGACUGUCGUGGGAAAGGUGGACUGUCGUCGAAUCGGUCCGACACACUUUCUUAUCGGCCCUUCAUGCUCGGCAGCGAUGGAUCCGAGAUUCGUGCGCUGGUCGAACCGUCGGAGCUGAAAUCUGCCCCGACUCUUCUUCGUCCUGCGGGAUUCGCUUCCUCCGAGCCUCCGUGAGCAGCCGGCUGCUUGCUGUCUGCGCAUUUGAUUGGACCACGGGGAUUCGAAUCACUCCAUACGGAAUUCAAAUAAGAGAGGUCGAGUUCGGAGUGGAGUGUGUCAGGCGGUUUGCUCUUGCCCUGCUUGUGCUGCUGCCGCUGCUGCUGGAGGACGAGGAGAAGUUGCUGCACGUCUGCGUCGGCCGUGGGUUGAAAUCCACCUUCUUUUCUGGUGGUGAGAGUGAAGGGAGAUUUCGUACUGAGGCUUCGUCUGCGAGGUGUGAAGUGACUUCAAUGCGGUGGUUGUGAGGAGCCAUGCGGAACGUGGUCCAGCUUGGGCUUGAUUUUCCUCACUCGCACUCGCGUUCGUCGGAAUCAGCGAGAUGAGUUUUGUUGGCCAGGUUGAGGAUGCAGAUGCGUAGUGCUGUCUUUGGGAGAGGGACUCGCGGGGUUGUUGUCGAAUUGAAGAAUCUUGUACAUGCAAAUUGGCAUGACACACUUCGUCGAAGGUCUCGUUCUUCACUUGCGUCAAUCAGUGCUCAAAUUAGCCGAGAACUUCCAUUGAGGUGAAGCAUAAAGCCUGGAUGGGGAACUGUCAAGCAGCUGGUGAUGCUGUGGGAGUCACCGUAGAACAUCCAGAUGGUAAAGUAGAGCGCCUCUAUUGGAGUGUGGCAGCACGUCAAGUCAUGUUGCAGUAUCCUGGCCACUACGUUGCGCUGGUUCCGCCACGAAUCCCGACUUCUCGAAAAUCUGAAGUUCCUUUUCCACCUAGCAACCAAAUGAAACUUCUGCCUCCUCAUGGCAUGCUUCAAGUCGGGCAACACUACCGACUCAUCUCCUUCGAAGAUGUGCUAUUAGAGAUGUCAGAGAAGAAAAGGUUCGGAGGUCGUUCGAGUAGCGGUGGUUCAAGGUCUAAACGUGUUCAUUCGGAGCAUUUGUCAUGCGGUGUAGACGACGACGAAGAAAACAUGGAACCGAAUGCCGACGAAGAUGAUGGAGAAAAAAAGUUUGGUGCGCAACUCACGGGCAGAACUUUUGACACCAUGCGUUCCUUUAGCAGAUCUGGCCAAUGGCGGCCGGCACUCCAGAGCAUCUCAGAAAUCGGACGAUAACUCUUGAGGUCUGAGCUCUGUGUAAAGGAAAGCGAGACUAGUUUCACGGAUUUCAUGAAAGUGGCGAGAGCAUGAUUUCUCGCGGCCAGAUUUCUCUUCCAGAUUGAGGUUGGUCUGAGGAAAUUUCUUGUUUCAACAUUACGCCUGCAGUCUUCUGAAGCAAAAAAUGACGAAAUGUCCGCGAUGGUUUUCGCUCGUCUGGUCCGAAAGUUAUUCCUAGUAAAUAUCUCCCAUCGAUUGAUUGUAAUUGUAACUGAUUCUACUUUGCACAACUGAGCGCUCAUAGGUAUCGAACCUUGUCUACGAAGAAAUUCGUUUGGCUGUAUCUGAUGAUCGACUUUUCUAAGGGUAUGCUGUCAUUCUUAUGUGCACCAGUCCUUUGGACUACUUAUGAUAUACUUUCCGACACUUUCUCUCAUGUACAUAAAGUACUGG